AUGUCUUUGAAAAAGCCAACCAGAGUUGAGUGCAUAACUAUUUGAUUAUUCAUAGUCUUAGCAGCCUGAGCAGCCCAACCUUGCUCUUUAGAAGAGCAGGAAUAUGAGGAGUAUGCGACCUUUGAAGGGUAUUUUGAGUCUGGCUCAACUAUAAUUCCUCAUCCAGACAAAGUUGACAAAGGAGGGGAAGACGCACUUAUUGUCAAAGACGGCUUGAUUUCUGUAGCAGAUGGAGUAGGAGGUUGGGCCACCAGCGGAGUUGACCCUGGACUAUACUCAAAACAACUCAUCAAGUUCAUUGGUCAAGAAUAUGAAAAAAAUAAUGAAUUUACUCCAAAGGAAAUCUUAUCAGCAGCAAAUAACCGCACCACUCAUAUCGGAACAAGCACAUGAGUUAUAGCAAUUUUACGCCCUCAAUGAAAAGCAAUUGAUACUACAGUUUUGGGAGAUUCUUCUUAUCUUCUUCUGAGGCCUGAAAACGGGACACUUAAAACUCUCUUCAGAAGUAAAGAACAGCAAAAAAGCUUCAACUUCCCUUAUCAAUGAGGAACUAAUGGAGACGAUCCCAAACUUGCAGUUGACAGCAGGCAUCCUGUUGAAGACGGUGAUAUCAUUGUAAUGGGCAGCGAUGGAGUAUUUGACAAUUGUUUUGACCCAGAAAUUAUAGAUAUUCUCACUAAAAAUCUGAAAAAUAACAUUCUCACAAACCUCCAAGGACUCUCUGAUGAAAUAGCAGCUCUCUCUAGUACUCAUGGGCAUGAUGAAAAUUGGAGAUCUCCUUUUGAAAUCUCAGCAGAGAAGGCCUACCAUCGUAAAGUCUUUUUAGGAGGUAAACUAGAUGAUAUCUCUGUUAUUGUGACUCAAAUUCAUCUUUCAAAAGUAUCGACCACGAUCUAAAAUAACACUUGUAAAUCAAUAAUUG